AUGGUUCGCCUACACGGAUUACUUUCCAUCCUGUUUUUGGUCCUGACCAUCUACGAAGUCAAGGCCAGAUUUUGCGGAGGAUCCACGGAUCGGAAGUGUGUGCCACGGAAGACCUGCAAGAUCAACUCCGAGAAUGGAAAGACGGUCAUCGAGUUUCGAGAUCUUGAACACGGCAACAUGGGAUGUCCUUCCACGGAAGCCUGCUGCCCCCUUACAGAAAUGUUGGGAAAUCCUAUUUCCGUCUCUGAUGACCCGGUUCAAUUGGAUUGUGGCCACCUCAACAAGGAAGGCCUGACUUUCACCAUAAGGGGGUUGCGGGAUCUGGCCCAGGAGGCCGAGAUGCCAUGGGUGGUGGCUCUGCUGGAUGCCACAAGCCUGCAAUACAAGGCAGCCGGCUCCCUCAUUGCCCCGGAAGUAGUGCUCACAGCCACGCAUGUGACGCGAAAAUUGAACGAAAGCCAGCUUAUUGUGCGGGCUGGUGAAUGGGAUUUCAAUACCAAAACCGAGCAGCAGAAACAUGUCGAUGUCGCCAUCAGGAAGAUCGUUCGCCACCCUGAUUUUUCUAUGUCAACUGGAGCCAACAAUGUGGCCCUUCUGUUCCUAGAGAGACCACUCGAGCUAUCCCGCCAUAUUAAUAUUAUCUGCCUGCCGCCGCCGAACCAGAACUUCAUUCGAGACCGAUGCUUUGUCAGUGGCUGGGGUAAGCAACACAUCGAGGACAACAAUUACAUGAACAUCCUGAAGAAGAUCGAGGUGCCGAUAGUGGACAGAUAUACCUGCGAGCGGCAACUGCAAGAACCUUUGAGGUAUUCCUCAGACUUCAGGCUGGAUGACAGCCUGAUGUGCGCCGGCGGAGAAAUCGGCAAGGAUUCGUGCGACGGCGACGGAGGAGCACCUCUGUUCUGUCCAAUCCGAGACGAUCCCCAGAGGUUCGAGCAGGCCGGUAUCGUCAACUUUGGAAUAGGAUGCGGCGGGCCGAUCCCUGCAGUCUACACCGAUGUUUCCAAAAUGAGCGGCUGGAUUACACAGCAGAUUGAGGCAAAUUUAAUUGGGAAGCAGCCGCAGCCGAAUUAUGGGUGGAAAAACACAAGCAUCCUGAAGGAACUGGGAAAUAUUUUCCCAAUGGUGGUGAAGAGCAAGUUGCAGGCGGAAAAGUUGUGCAUUCGAAUUAUGGAGACCCUAGACCAACUCCAGUUAGAUAUAAUCCAAAUGACGGUCGAGCAAGUGGAUAUGGCUUAG